CGCAGAGCCCUCUGUGCGCCUGCGCUGCCCUUGUCCUGCACGCGCCGGCGAAAAGGCAAACUAGUGAAGGGGUGGCGGCAGCUGGGACUCCGGAAGCCCACCCUUCACCCGGAAAUGGUUGUCGAGAAACAUGGCGUUGCUGGUGCGAGUCCUUAGGAACCGGAUUAGCAUCUCCCAGUGGGUUCCAGUAUGCAGCCGAUUGGUACUUGUGUCUCCUACACAGGGACAGUGGAGCAGGUCUCUGUCUGGUACUUCCCAGUGGCCCCAGAUGAGCCAGGCCCUAGCAUGUGGUGGAUCAGAACAGAUUCCUGGAGUAGAUGUUCAGCUGAGUAGGAAGUAUCACACCACAAAUAAGCUUUCUACUACCAAGGACUCCUCACAGCCUGUUGAGGAGAAAGUUGGUGCCUUUACAAAGAUAAUAGAAGCCAUGGGAUUCACUGGACCUUUGAAAUACAGUAAAUGGAAGAUUAAGAUUGCGGCCCUGCGCAUGUACACUAGCUGUGUGGAGAAAACUGACUUUGAGGAAUUCUUUCUAAGGUGUCAGAUGCCUGAUACAUUCAAUUCAUGGUUUCUUAUAACUCUGCUUCACGUCUGGAUGUGUCUAGUCCGAAUGAAGCAAGAAGGCCGGAGUGGGAAAUACAUGUGUCGUAUCAUAGUUCAUUUUAUGUGGGAGGAUGUUGAACAGCGUGGCAGAAUCAUGGGGGGGAUCCUUUCAGAUGAUCGUGGGCUGGCUGCUGCCCUCUGGAGAACCUUCUUCAACCAGAAAUGUGAAGACCCUCGACAGCUUGAAUUGUUGGUGGAGUAUGUGAGGAAGCAGAUACAGUACCUGGACUCUAUGAAUGGUGAGGAUCUGCUUCUGACAGGGGAGGUGAGCUGGCGCCCUCUAGUGGAGAAAAAUCCUCAGAGCGUCCUGAAGCCCCAUUCCCCAACUUAUAACGACGAGGGUCUUUGAUGCGGGGUCCUGCUGAAAAGCUGGCCAGCUAGCUUUGAGGAACUGCCAGAAGAGAGGUGCCUGUUUGGCGCAGGAUCCUGCAGAAAGUGGCCUGAACUGACCUUUGAACAGCAUCUGUCAAAUACCUGGCCCCAUUUGUGUUGAUUUUCCUCUUAGUAUGCCAGGGAGUCUGAUCUAGCAGGAUACAGUGCUGGGAGAACCCUGAGCUGUACUGGAGUGUCCUCUCCCUCAGCAGAAGCCCUGAGCAAGAGCUUCCCAGCACAUACUCCCCAAGUCCCCUCCAGGACUAUGUGAUUGACUGUUUUCCCCAAAAGCCACAGAAGGGAAUGAGGGUAGGUUGGAAAGGGGGGACCCCCACCCCACCCCCAAGGGCCCACUGUGGCCUGAGAGCAGUUCGUAACACUGCUGAAUCAAGACGGGUAACCCUCUCUGUCCUCUGGCUUUGAACCAUUGGGUUGAGUUGGCCAUUAAAAGAAACAGAGACUUAUCUCUGCUAUAGCUCUUUAUUCCCUGGUCUUUUAGAAACCUCCCUGCGAUGGUGGAUGCCUUGAGCUGAGGCGCACCGCCUAGCUCACUUAGAGACAGGGAGAGGGUGAGGGCCAGGUGGGUCUCUGCUGCUAAUUUGCCUCCAUUUCAUGGAGAUGUCGCCGUUCUGGCCAAGGCACAGCCUGCUGUUGAACGGGGUGAGGCCCAUGCCAUCUUUCCUCUCUUGGCUCCCCCUUAUAUACUAUAGUGGGGAGAAGAGGAGAACAUUCUUCCUGACUUAGUGGUAUGAUCCCAGGACCCAGCCCCAUGCCCAGCCUUCUACCCCCUUCCCAGCUCCUGGAGCAGGUGCUGCAAGAGCCAUCCUGGUCUGAGCUCUUGGGGACCAGUCCCCUCCUCCCUGUGAGUACAGGUCAUCUCUUGGGGGAUUUUCUUUAAAUUGAAGAAGGGGGCAGAGGACCAUUUUGCCCUUCCUCCCCCCACAUCAAACUUCCUUCAUUUAACUUGCAAUAAAAUGAGUCAUAUAAAGAAACUCUAUAUGGGUGAGGUAUAUCCCACUUCUGUGAAAACAUUACAAAACCAAACCGCCUUCUCUGAGUUUAUUUAAGAUGCUUUUGUUGCACGCGGAGCUCUAGAGUGAAGCCUCCUCUGUGUAUGUGAGAUAAUAACACCUUGUAACUCAUUACAGCUGGGCACUAUUUACAUAAACCAGAGCUGAGCCAGGCAGGAAUUUGCUGAUUAAUUUAUUUUUAAUGGAGUGAAGUAUACCGUGCACCAAAAUAAACUUUACAGUGUGUACCUAA